GGAAUUGUUCUGUUUUAAAAGUUUAAAAGCAUUCAUUCUUUUUUUGAUUUGUUUCUUUCAUCCAACCUAGAAUACGCAAACAAAUCGCCAAGAUCACUUCAAACAUGCUUCCAAGAAAUGUCCUCGCCAUCCGUAGAACCAUUGCAGGCUCUACCGCAGUUGAAAUCAUCACUAUGCUCACCUCAAAAUCUUCUAAAGCCAUCUUACUUGACUAUCCAUCGGGUGCAUACACCGGUAUGCGCACGUUCAACAAAAUUGGGAUCAUGGAUUUCACCGGCCAUACAAACCGUCUUGCUGACUCCUUACAGCAGAUCAAGUUUCAUGCUCUUACUAGUCGCGUUACAACACCGGGGACUGAUACCGACAGUCAUAAUAAUGGCCAUGAUCGUGGUGGUGACCAUGAGAACAAUGAUAUAAACAGUUUGGAGAAAGAAGAUCCUACCAUCACUUCUGCGCUGGCUGCAUUCAGAACCAGGGAGAUAAUGAAAUUGGAAACGACUAAUCUAGUAAGCGAGGGACUCAAGUUUUACUACAAACAAGCUAAGGAAUACAACUCCAUUGAUUCCGCCUCAAUUGGCGAGACUAAAGUGACCGUUCUAUGCACCUGGGAUUCUGGAGCAAAAGAGCCGACUUUGGUUGCACACUUUGAGCCACUAAUUGCUCUCAGAACGUCACGCUGUCAAGUUGAAGUGCAUGGAGCACCUCGUCAUCAAGCCUCUGCCAAGGAUUCACAAUGGGUUCGAGUUCGGGAAGCAUUCGAAGCUGCAUUGAAUAAGGACUCCAAUGAAGCCCUGUUGCUGGACGAUAAGACACAGGAUGUGUACGAAGGCUUGUCUUCCAACUUUUUUGCUCUCGAUCGCCAGCAUCACAAAUUGUUGACAGCACCACUGGGCAGUGUGUUGCAAGGGACCAUAAUGAAGGUGGUCCUGGAUGUUUGUAAAUCGGAAAAUAUUCCUGUUGAUUUCACGUUUCCUAAUCUGAAGAAUGUUGAUGAUUGGGAAGGCGCCUUCAUUACUAGCACUUCGAGAUUAGUGCUCCCGAUUGAAAAGCUGGUCCUGCCUAGCGGAUCUGUCAAGCAGUUUGGAGAGAGCCCCACGAUUGAUCUGAUCCGUAAUCAAGUCCUGAACGAGUGUCGGAAACGUGUCGAGAAACUCAUUUCUGAGAAGGAUAUCUAAGAUGACUAAUGAUUAAAUAAACUGUAUUUCUGCCUUUGG